GCACCCUGUGGUGGUGGUGUUUCACAACGCACUCGAGAAUGUAUUGGACUAUGUGACGCGAAAUUAGCGACAGAGAGCCGACCUUGCAAUAUAGGACCAUGUUGCGAAUGGAGCCCGUGGUCGCCAUGGUCACUAUGUAGUGUCACUUGUGGCAGAGGGGGUUCCAGCCACCGUGUGAGGGAGUGCAGCUGCGGAGUUGGGUGCAUUGGAAAGUUCAAUGAAGUGACGAACUGCGACAGUAGCAUACCUUGCGUAAUUCCGCUGUCUUAG